AUGGCUAGAAUUGUGGAAUUAGAACAAUCCGCGAAAGAAAGUGCAGAGAAUACUAAGUUAAGAGAUGCCGAAAUCAACGAGCUUAGAUCUAGAGUUUCGAAAUUAGAACAGAAGGAUUCGCAAAAUGACUCACUCCGUGAGGAUAUCUACGAAGUAGGAUGCUCUGCAUCUAUCGCAUCUAAAGAAACGAGCAUACCUACUGAAACAAAAAAUUCUAACGAUGUCUCUUCAGAGGUAAUCUCACAAAGUAAGGAUGUUCCGGCAUCAGAUAAUACUUCAAAUUCCGAUGAACCCGCUCCAAAUCCCGAUGUAUCUAGUAACGCUUCAAAUUUUUAUGUAUACCAGGAUAUGAAGACUCAACCGGAGGCUAAAUCGCCAGAGGAUGCUAACGCAUCUAAAGUGAUCGAUGAAUUCCUGGAUGAGGUAUAUAAGGAAAGUGUUAGUGAUUCGAUCAGGCAGAGAAAGCAUGAGGAGAAACUUCAGGAUCAAAAUCCAGACCUAUCUUCAGUUAAUCACGAUGUUUCUUUAGCGACAUCCGAAUCAUGUGAUACAAAAACCGUUCCCUCAGAUUCAAGUAGAAAAACCAUUUAUUCGGGAAAUGAUCAAACUGAAAUAUCUGAAUUAGAGCAAGACGAC